AUGGCCAUGGCUUCCUCUGCUUCAGCUCUCCUUCUGGCGGUCUCCCUCGCCGCUCUGCACUUGUGCUGCCGCCAUGGGCAGGGUGCCGAUGCCGGCCAUGGCAUCACUGCCAUCUACAGCCUCGGCGACUCCAUCACUGACACGGGGAACCUCGUCAUGGAGGCGCCUCCGGGCAUGUUUGAGACCAUCAUGCACCUCCCUUACGGCGUCACGUUCGGGUACCCGACUGGGCGGUACUCUGACGGCCUCCUCAUGAUCGACUUCCUGGCCCAGGACCUGGGUCUCCCGUUCCUGAACCCGUACCUGGGCAAGAACAAGAGCUUCGACCACGGCGUCAACUUCGCCGUCGCCGGAGCCACCGCCGUGGACCCGGCCGACCAGUACAACCUCACCGUCCCCGUGCCGGUCGCCUCCAACUCGCUCAAGGUGCAGCUCCGGUGGUUCAAGGACUUCCUCAAGUACACCUUCGGCAUCGAUCAAGAGAUACGCAGACGACUUCAGAAGUCUCUGGUUUUGGUCGGGGAGAUCGGUGGAAACGACUACAACUACGCCUUCUCUCAGGACAAGCCGGUGGCCGAGGUGGAGAAGCUCAUCCCGGGGGUUGUAAAGACCAUCAUCGACGCCGCCAAGGAGGUGCUGGACAUGGGCGCCAGCCGAGUCAUCGUCCCGGGCAACUUCCCCAUCGGCUGCGUGCCGGGGUACCUGGCCAUGAACGCCGCCAAGUCGGAGCCCGCCGACUACGACUCGGUGGGGUGCCUCCGGGAGCUGAACGACUUCGCCGCCAAGCACAACUCGCGGCUCCGGCGCGCCGUCGCCGACCUGCAGGCGUCGUACCCGCACGCCGCCGUCGCCUACGCCGACUACUUCGGCUCCUUCCUCACCCUCCUCCACAACGCCUCCACGCUCGGUUUCGACGCGGCGAGCACGCGCAAGGCCUGCUGCGGCGGCGGCGGCGGCGAGUACAACUUCGACUGGCGGCGGAUGUGCGGCUUCGACGGGGCGGCGGCGUGCGCGGAGCCGUCCACGUACCUGAGCUGGGACGGGAUACACAUGACGCAGGCGGCGUACGGGGUCAUGUCCAGGCUCAUCUACCACGGCAAGUACCUGCAGCCGCAGAUACUGAGCUUCCCGGAGAAAUACGGCCAGACGUAG